UGGCGGCAUCUACGACGUUUCAUCCGGGCUAUGAAUCAGUUCCCGCAACUCUUGUUGAAUUAUCAGUGUCUUGCAGAAAAUUGAUAGAUGCUGAUGUGUUUUCCAAGUCAGAUCCUAUGUGUGUACUCUUCACACAACAACCUGGAAGCAAUGAAUGGAGAGAGUUUGGCAGAACUGAAAUCAUCUGGAAUAACUUGAAUCCUGAUUUUGUCAAAAAGUUCAUGGUACAUUAUUUCUUUGAAGAAAGCCAAAAACUACUGUUCAAAAUAUAUGAUGUGGAUUCCAAGAGUGCGAAUUUGGAUAAACAUGACUUCCUCGGUCACAUGGAAUGCACUCUUGCAGAGAUUGUAACAUCUAAUCGUUUAAGUAAAAGAUUGAUUGGGCCCAAGAAAAACAGUGGUCACAUCAUAGUUUCGGCAGAAGAAGUGUCUUCGUGCAAGACAGAACUGACUCUCCAAAUGUCUGGCCAUAAUUUGGAUAAGAAAGACUUCUUUGGAAAGUCUGAUCCAUUCCUGACAUUUUACCGGAGUAAUGAAGACUCCACGUUUACUGUAGUUCAUCGGACAGAGGUAAUCAAGCGGACUCUCAACCCUUCAUGGAGGCCAUUUAAAUUGUCUGUCAGAGCUAUAUGCAAUGGAGACUAUGACAGAACUGUCAAGAUUGAGUGCCAUGACUGGGAUGCUGAUGGAGGGCAUGACCUGAUCGGUGAGUUUUUCACAUCUGUGCGUCAGCUGAUGAAAGGAAAAUGUCCGGAAAAUGUGUAUGAAGUAAUAAGCCCAAAAAAGAAGAAGAAGAAAGGUCCGAAGUACAAAAACUCAGGGACAGUUGAUGUCUUGAUGGCUCGAAUGGAAACUGUGUUCUCUUUUCUGGAUUAUGUGAGGGGAGGGACACAGAUCCACUGCACAUUUGCUGUAGAUUUUACAGCCUCCAAUGGCAACCCUUCCAACCCAACAUCUCUUCACUACCUGAGUCCAUACCACCUCAACCCAUAUGCAAAUGCGCUCUCUUCCGUGGGCAAUAUCAUCCAAGACUAUGACACGGACAAGCUGUUUCCAGCCCUUGGAUUUGGUGCUAAACUUCCCCCAGAUGGCAGAGUUUCUCAUGAAUUCUUCCUGAAUGGAAAUCCAAGCAACCCAUAUUGUGAGGGUAUUCAGGGUGUUCUGGAUUCUUAUUAUUCCUGUCUCCGUUCUGUGCAGUUGUAUGGACCAACCAAUUUUGCACCUGUUAUAAACCACGUGGCAAAGUUUGCAGCUAGUCGACGCACGGGACAAGACUAUUUUAUCUUGCUCAUUUUGACUGACGGGAUCAUCACUGACAUGCCUCAAACCAUGGAAGCUGUUGUGAAUGCAGCAAAUCUUCCAAUGUCCAUUAUCAUUAUUGGAAUAGGGGAUGCAGAUUUCGAAGCUAUGGAGAUCCUGGAUGGAGAUGAUGUUAGGGUUUCCUCCAGGGGAAGGGUGGCAGAGAGGGACAUUGUACAGUUUGUUCCGAUGCGUGACUUUGUGCAGCGUUCCACAGAGAACUCCCAGUCUUUGCAGGCACGUCUUGCUAAGGAGGUCUUGGCCGAGGUACCUGACCAGUUCUUGUCCUAUAUGAGGAAGUACAACAUCAAACCUAAACCUCCCCUACAACGACAGUUGACCAUCUCUUCUGUGUCAUCACUACCCAUUUCUGAACAGUAACUAUGACCACUGUAAUAGAGCAUUACUGAAAAAAAGACUUCUUAUAGUGUAAGAUCAUAAUCUUUUUGCAUACAUAAAGACAGAUUCAGAAAGGAACAUGCAAUUUAACAGUAUUGUUUUUACCUAAAUAUCAACGUAUUAGGUUUUCCCUAAUAUUGGUAGUUGACCAAAACAUGAACAGAAUAUUUCAUUGUGAGUAAAUGUAAAUCUAAUUAUGAGUAAAGUUACAUGCAGUGAAAAAUCACCAGUACCAAAACAAACUCAUGAAUACAUUACUGAAAUGGAAUAGAAAUUUAUGGACAGUUUUAAAGAUUCCUUAAUAUGUGUUUAAAAAUAUAUGUUCAAAAAUGAAAAGGUUGGAUAAUAAGGAUAACACAACUGUAUUGACAUAUUGCUAGCAUGUUUUCCAUUAUUACAGACAUGAUUGAGAUUGCCUAAAGCUAUAUCCCACUUUGUGGAACAUGCCAAGGAAAGAAGUGACAAAAAAUUGAUAUUCCUGUGUUGGGAAAGACAUUGCUCUGAUUGAAGAAUGAAAAUAGUCUCUUUGUGAUAUUCAUUUUUUCGAAAGUAUCGAACAUUUUAACCAUGGGUCAUUAAAUCUUCAACAGGUUUCUUAUUUGAAGGAAUGAAGCCCUAUGGUGAAAUCUUUAAUCAGGCCCUAAUAAUCUAAUAACUAGUACCCUGUCUAAGUACUACAAGUAUAUUGUAUUUCAGCAGUCGCAGAAGUAAAAGAUGAAAUCCAGUUGGAUGUCCUGUAAUUGUUGUUACCUUGGAUUACUAUGAUAUCAUUCCAUGAAAAAUGCUAAAGAAGAACAUAUGGGGCAGGCUCAUUACUGUUCAUACAUGUGGUUUGUUAUAGGUUUUGGGUAUUGCUCCUGUCCAUGACUACCUCUUCAGUCUGCACUUCUCUUUCAUGGCCUGUCAUAAAUAUUAGGGUAUAAAGUGCUCAUUUUUGAUUACAUCGUACAAUGGUAUAAGGUACCUAUGUUCAGGCUUCUGAUUUUGAGUCAAACGUAAUGUUACUGGCAUGACUAUGUCAGCCUGCAAAGGAAAUUUCUAAUACAAAGUACAAAAAUUGUGUAUGAUAGUUGUAUUUGGUCAUGGUUUUCAGUCAUGAUUUGUUAGUGGUUAUCACUGCCUUGUACAUGACAAAUCAGUAUGUUUUUAAAGAUAUGUGCAGCUAUUCCUUGUGAUACAUCCUCCCCCUCGCAAACCUCCUGCUCUUAGUCAAAAUAAAUCACUGAGGCUUACUUCUUAUAACCUAGAG